AUGGAAUUCAACGGUUUUGUACCUCCACAUCCAAACUCUCCUAUACCUUCAGGAUUGAAAAUACUACCAGGAAACCCAAAAGUUAACAUACCACCACCAGUUUAUUAUGAAUUAAGUCCAAUAAUAAAUGAAGAUUCUUUUCAAAUGAAUAUAGGAGGAGAAGUUCCUUCCUCUUGGACAAUUAACCAAAUAGCACAUUAUGUUCAAUUUGCUGGACCAGAUGACAGUGUUUUUACUGAAAAAGCGAAAAUUUUAUUGCGUGCAAAAGGAUACGCUGUAUAA